CCUUCAAAUUUCUUUACUCAAAAUCCAACAUUUAUUUUGUAAAUUCAGGAUUAAGAUCUAUUAUUGUGAUCUAGCUAGAGGGUUUUAAUUUUUAUAUGUAAUCAUAAUGGGUGGGGAAAUGAGAAUCAUCGACUACGGUAUCCGCGAUAAUGAUGGCGAUGGUAAUCAUAAUGGUAAUGGUAAUGAUGAUCGAGUUUUGGAGUGGGAGGCCGGGUUACCUGGCCUCGAUGAUUUAAUGCCGUUGUCACAGUCUCUGGUACCUGUAGUACUGGCAACGGCAUUUAAUAUUACUCCAGAGCCUCACAGGAAUACGGUCGACGUCAAUCGCGCGUCGCAAGACACGCUCUCGAAUAUCCGAGGGCAGUCACUGAAGCAACCAUUUGAUAAGUUUAACGGGUUUAAGUCGUUUGGCGAAUAUAAAGGAGACGAGAUGGUUACGGAAGGGGAUGAAAUAGUUGAUCUGACUGGAGACGGUUCGGAUUCAAGGAAAUUGCGGAGGGUGGAUAGUGGCGGUGGCGGAGCGGUUGGUGGAGUUGGGGAGGAAGCGGACUCGGCUCUCCGAGCCGAGGAUUCGUCCGCGACAAGGGCGUCGAAACGCCCUCGCCUCGUAUGGACGCCGCAGUUGCAUAAGCGGUUUGUGGACGUCGUUGCACAUCUCGGUGUGAAAAACGCCGUUCCGAAAACAAUAAUGCAGUUAAUGAAUGUUGAAGGAUUGACUCGCGAGAACGUCGCGAGUCAUCUUCAAAAGUACCGGCUUUAUUUAAAGCGGAUGCAGGGGUUGUCGAACGAAGGACCCUCGUCUUCGGAUCACUUGUUCGCCUCGACCCCUGUUCCGCAAAGCUUACACGAGUCCAGUGGUGGGGGGAACGGAAACAGUCACGCUCCGGUUCCGUUCUCAAUGCCUCACCCACCCCAGAUGAUGCCUUAUCAUCCGGGUGGGGGCGUUUAUAAUAAUGGGUUCGAAACACAUUCUCAUUCUCAUCCUUAUAAUAUGAUGAUGCAGCAAAGAGACUGGUCUGGGAAUAAAUUUGUGCCGUAUCAGCACCAUGUGAACGAUAAAUAGACGUGAAUUCAACGUUUAUCCACGCGAAAACAGAGGUAUCUUGGGUUUGACUUUCUAAAGUCAAUAUCAACAAUCAAGUUCUUGCAGAUCAACAGUUUGACUAUCUGAAGUCAACAUGAUUUAACUAGUCUUCUCAAUCCAAAUAUUCAAGUGCCAGUUUAAACUGUUCAGGUGUUGAAAACAACAAGAGUUGAGUUAAAAUGCAGCAUAAAUGAUUAUGAAAAGAGUGUAUGAAACUGCUAAUAGCAUGAAAGGCAAGAGUCUGAAAUACAUGGUUUGUUCUUGCUUCUGUUAAUCCUUCAACCAUUUGUCUUUUGGGAAAUGAAAUAAAAGUUUGUAAUUCAUUUUUCUUCCGGGUUACAAGUUCUGUAGAGUUUGUAAAGUCUUUGCAA